AUGUCCGAACCCCUCAACGUUAUCGCCCUAAUAUCAGGCGGCAAGGACUCUCUCUACUCAAUUCUGCACUGCAUCCGAAACGGUCAUCGAGUAGUUGCACUGGCGAAUCUGCGUCCUCCUGUUCCAGUCUCUAACGACCAUGGAACAGGAGAAGAAGAAGAAGAAGAAGAAGAUAUGGAUAGUUUCAUGUACCAAACUAUCGGACACAAUGUUAUACCCUUAUACGAAUCCGCAUUGGGGAUUCCAUUGUACAGGGGUGAUAUUAUAGGUAGUGCGGUUGAUACCUCGAGGGUAUACGGCGAUCAUCAUCCUCACCUCUCCAGUCCGCAGAAAGAAGAAGAAGAAGAUGAUGAUGAUGAGACGGAAUCUCUUAUCCCGCUUCUGAGGCAUAUAAAACGAGAUCUUCCGUAUGCAAACGCGGUUUCUGCGGGGGCGAUAUUGUCGACUUAUCAGCGCACGAGGAUUGAGAAUGUGGCGGCCAGGUUGGGACUUGUUCCGUUGGCGUUUUUGUGGAUGUAUCCUUUUCUUCCGUCCGAGAGUAGCUCGAUUGUUGGUGGUGGGGGUUUAUUGAAUGAUAUGGCGGCUGUCGGAUGUGACGCGAGAAUUAUCAAAGUUGCCUCUGGUGGUCUGGACGACGGUAUGUUAUGGGAGAAUGUAGCAUCGUUCAAAACCCAACGACGGCUUGAAAAGUCCAUGAGACCGUUUGUGGAUGAUGCGCAGACACUAAAAGGGGCGGUGUUGGGUGAAGGUGGUGAAUACGAAACUCUUGCCCUUGAUGGACCACGGUUUUUGUGGAAGAAGAGAAUUGUGGUUGAAGAAUCUGAUAGAGAAGUUUGUAGACUUGGGAGUGGCGUGAGUCGUGUCCGGGUUGUGAGGGCGAGUUGUGUUGAGAAGGAUGACCAGCCGACGACAGUGGUGCCGGAGGAUGUUAAGAGGCCGGCACAGUUUGAUGACACGUUUCAGCGGAUUCUGAAUGGAUUGGAAGAACGGGAUUUCGCUUUGGCUGUCGAUAUUGCUGUUCCAAGUCUGGAGCCAGGUUCUAUGAUUGAUGUCUCUUCAAUAUCACUCGGGAACUUGUAUACCAUAUCAAACAUCACAGCUGCCGAAGCCGGCUCAACAGCAGAUGCUCAAAUGCGCGGAAUUAUAGAAAAACUACAUACGCUUUUGCUCAACAUUGAUAAUGCGGAUAUAUCAACAAAACCAACAACAGACGACGUUGUCUUCACGACAGUCCUGCUACGGUCAAUGCAAGAUUUCGCUCCAAUGAAUGCGAUAUACGUCUCGCUGUUUACAAAACCGAACCCUCCGGCCAGAGUUACAGUGGCCUGUGGUAAUUGCCUACCUAAGGGUGUUCAGAUUAUGGUCUCGGUCGUUAUUGAUCUAGGAGAGCGCAGGAAGAGAGAAGGUCUUCAUGUACAAUCACGCUCCUAUUGGGCGCCAGCAAAUAUCGGACCUUAUUCGCAAGCUAUCACUGUUCCGUAUCAGCUUGAAAACAUACAAAGCGCUACUGAUAGCAAUAAAGGAGGCCUGGUAUAUAUCGCAGGACAAAUUCCACUCGACCCGCCAACAAUGGAAAUUCCCAAUGGGAUUAAACAGGGAGAUGAGCGGUGGUUCCAGAAUUUCAGUUUACAUGCAACGCUCUCCUUACAACAUCUUUGGAGAAUCGGACUUGCGACAAAAGUUGAUUGGUGGAUUGGCGCAAUUGUAUUUCUUGCUAGAGAUUUUCGUCGUAGCCAUCAAAAGGCGCGGAUAGCGAGUCGGAUAUGGCAAGAGGUGCAUUCACGAGAUGGGAAUCGAGGUGUGGAAGAGGAAGCUGACUUGGAUAUUUGGGAUAUUAAACAUGGACUUACGGAAGAUCCUCGAUUGUCGAGUGGUGGUCCAUCGUUACCGAAUUUUGAAGUACUGGUUGAUGACGACGGUGGUGACAAAGAUAUUAUACAGCCAUGCUUCACGGUUGAAGUAGAACAGCUCCCACGAAAUAGUGAUAUUGAGUGGCAGGCACUUGGUACCACGGGUAUACCGCUCAGUGCCCCGGUCAGGAUACCCUGCACUACCGAUCCAGAGACGAAGAUCUGGUGCACGAAACUAGACGAUUGUAAAGGCUCGUUUUAUACCAUUGAGAUAGCGGAGAUUCAGGGUACGAAUCUGCGGAAGAGGAUAGAUGUGGUAUUGUCUGAGAUUGGUGUCACUGCUGAGGCGUGUCUGACUCAUUGCACGGUUUAUACGCCUCAUGGUAAGGCAGCGACUCAUUGGAAGGGGCAGGUUGUGCCUUGUUAUAAUGUUUGGGGGAGUGACGGGGGAGGGAUUGCUGCUGCUGUUACUGUACAUCGAUGGACCGGAGAUCUCGAGCACGCGUACUUGCAACCGUCGUCGGAGAUUGUCAUUGAUAGCGACCUAAACGACAAUGACAUUGACAACAAUGCAACAACAAUCAUCGAUGACAACGACGCUAUAGUCUCCGAAACUAUCGACUCGAAAUAUUUACCGAAUUAUCACACCCGGUUUUCGCGCUCACCCCACCCAUAUCAUCGCAUUAGCUCGAAAAUAGCAGAUCGAUCCCCCGCAAGAAGCGAUUAUCAUCAAGCGAGUGACUCCGGUAGUAUAAAUGACAGUGCGAACGUUGUGCAGAGGAGAAGACAGCGGAAUACGAACAGAAAUGGCAAUAGAUGGUCGAGGACAUCUCCCCGGGCGUCGAGUGAAAGCGGCACAGAAGCGGAUGACGAAAGUACUGGCCUGUUAAAAGGCUUACCGGCACCGCCGGUAAGGUCCUCGCGAAAGGGUUUACGAAGUACAGCUGGUCGUGAUGACCCUUUGCUCUGGUUGCAACAUGAGACACCUCAAUCCUGGUCGUUAUUUGUUAGGUCACCGUUGAGACAACCGAAACGGAGCUCGAGUGAAGAGUCGAUGCGCUCCUCGGCUACGUAUGCGACUGUCCGUGGAGUUGUUGCGCGUCGGAAGAGAAAUGAGGUUAUGCGCAGAGUGACCGAGACUGCUUUGCUGUUGUCAGUCGGUGUUGUGGUGCUACUGCGAGAGGAUGUGCGCUCAUAUGCAUCCUCGUGGCAUAAAGAAAUUCGAUCCUUUCUCUCUCUCGUCACGGUACUUUACGCUCUAUACCCGCUUCGUUUGUCAGUCGGACGUGGUAAGCCGCGUCUGACAUUCGCCUUUUCGAUACCCAGCAGCUUCGAUCCGGCUCCGUUAUUAUAUCCUGUUCUAAUACCUCUUUUCGUGGCCUUGUCGACCUUGCAUCAUCGUCCAGCGUUGAUUUUGCCCAAUAUUGUCCUCAGUCUUUCUUCGAUACCCGCUCAAGUCGUUCCAUUACACAUUUUGCAUCAUGGCUACAUCAGUGUGACUCACUGGGCCAUUACCGUCAUCCCAAUAAUUCUUUCGGAGCACGAUAUAUCGUAUAUCAGCAACAUGUCCGAACCACUGUCAUCAAAAGGACUUGACGUCGAAGUUCUUCUACUUUUAUAUCCUUUACACCAAGCUUUAAAUGCCACUCUCGACUUUCUCCUCGCCACGAGUUUGCUCCCAGCAGAACUUCAUCUACUGGGAUCGGGUUUGACAAAUCUUCUUUUAUUCGCCAAAUCCCCGCAAGCUCAGAUUUUAAAGGCGCUGCUAUGGUUGGGUGGACUGAGUGUCUGGAUUCUCUGCCGUACCGUUCUACGAUGGGAGAUUACAUUGGCUAGAAUCCCGACCUGGAAGUUCCGCAGACCGCCCAGUAGUUCAUUCUCUCCAAAAAAGCUUAUCAACUUUAUAGAUCACAAGAUUUGUGAAAAGAUCAGUGCCAUAGGCACUAACAGCGAAAAAGAGUUAGACUCGGAUAGUGACGAUGAUGCAGACAGUCCGUCGAGACCGCAAGCCCGCCAGCGCAGUCUACCUCGUCAAAAUGGCUUCUGGCCACAUCGCGGAGACUUUAAGGAAGGUCUCCGGCUAGACGAUCUCUGGCCAUCUUCUUGGGCUGCGACGAAAAGUCUUUUACACUCUCAUAAGAGGCGGCAUACCAUUUCAACCGUUGAUGAUCUCGAAACUGUCAGAACAGGGCGUGCACCUCCUCGAACAACACCCAGCGGAAGACGCAAGCGGUCAAUGGCACCUGAUCUGGCUUCCUUCCUUUCCUUAACGGCCGCCCAAGCGCGCAUUCGUCGAUGGCUGUUCGCAGGGUACGUAUUUACAGCUAUAGUUGCGACAAUCCUCGUGCCGGUCCGAAUUUAUAUUUCAAACUAUGCUCUCCAUGGAAAAGAUCCCUUUGGCUGGGCUUUAGGCUAUUUAUUUGGCAAUAUCUCUUCAUUUCGGCUGUGGGCAGUGAAGUGGAAUCUCGAGUAUUGGAUCCAGCUUCCCAAACGUCAUGCUGCAAAUCAAUUCUGUCAUCUAGGCUGGCUUGAACACCUACGUCGCGAUACAUUCGGUGAAGCAAACACCCGUCUGCUGAUUAGCGGGCACUGUCUCAUGGUAUUGAUCGUCGGUAUGGCCACAGUCCUUCAACUCAGCAAAAUUGCCGAGGUGGAUACCAGGCGGAAAAUAUUCCACGGAAUGAUGGUGCUCAUGUUUUUGCCUGUGACGUAUAUUGAUCCGACCUACGCAGCACUUGCUUUGACUCUUGUCUUGGCUAUUUUCUUAUUGCUUGAUCUGCUCCGCGCAUCUCAAGUGCCGCCCGUCGCGAAACCCUUGACAUACUUCCUGGCGCCGUAUACUGACGGUCGUGACCAUCGAGGUCCAGUAAUCGUCUCCCAUAUAUUUUUGCUCCUAGGCUGCGCAAUUCCUCUAUGGUUAUCGCUCGCCGAUCUACCUCGCGUUGGCGUCGAGGACAACAUCGAUAACCCCUGGUCAGGCUGGGAAGUCCCCUCCCGAGACGUGAGCAUGGUCAGCGGAAUAAUCUGCGUGGGCAUGGGUGACGCUGCAGCAUCACUCAUAGGACGUCGAUACGGUCGUCUCAAAUGGUUCUGGGGAGGCGGCAAGUCCCUCGAAGGUAGUUUGGCAUUUACCAUUGCCGUAUUCCUGGGCUUGAUGAUUGCACGGAUCUGGCUAGCAGUCGGUGGAUGGACAGCCGUAUCUUCAUCCACAUCUUCUACCGACAUGUCUUCUUGGUUACUUGUCGUCGUGAAAUGCCUCCUUGCUGCAGGUGGUACUAGUCUCACCGAGGCUGUAUUGACAGGUGGGAACGAUAAUGUCAUUGUCCCCGUGGUACUUUGGCUACUUGUUCGCGGAUUGGCUAUUUAGUCAAUGAUUUUUAUAUUGGUAUAUAUCAUUCAAUCUAUCUGAGUAUGAUAGAUUUGAAGUUUCGAGGCAUGACUAAUGUCUAUUCAUCUGUACAAAAAAAUAAUUUGAGGAGGAUGGCUCGAUUUGCUCGGCGUUUGGAUUUAGGUAUAGAUUACUUGAUAUCCUUUUUGUUGCUUAUGACAUAGUACAUAUACAUAAUGAGAUGAGGCUUAUGUUAGACAUGUAUACUGUCCAUGAUCGCUGUCAGAUGAUGAUUUUUCUCUUUUU